AUGUCGAAUAUAUUACAAAACGUUCUUAACAUCCUUGUAACUUCUGUCGGUCAUGUCGCACUCAACCCUCUCGUGACGGCAGCUCUGCUAUGGGCGUUGACGAAAGGACCUACACAACUUCGUAGCCAACUUACAACUCGGAUUGCUGCUCUUCGGGACCCUCAUAAAUAUGCACGGGUUCUAAAGGCCUUGAAGUGGUGUCUGAUAGCUGGUACAACAAGAGUCGUUAAUAAGCAGCUCAACCACAUCGCCCUAAAUGCUGGCAGGUUGCGAAGUGAGAAGGCAAGGUGGAACUGGAGCCGGGAGGUGGCGGUCAUCACAGGAGGCUGUAGCGGAAUUGGAGAGCUAGUGGUUAAGAGAUUGAUCAACAAAGGGAUCAGAGUAGCAGUGCUUGAUAUUCAGCAACUGCCCCCGAGUUUGCAGGGCUAUGCAGGCCUGAAGUUCUUCAAAUGCGACGUUACUGACCCAUCCGAGGUCUAUGCAGUCGCUGAAAAGAUCAAGGAGACAAUGGGUGCACCUACUAUCCUGAUCAACAACGCAGGUAUCCUGGCAGCCCAUACCAUCCUUACUACAUCUGACGGGUAUCUCCGGAAGAUUUUCGAUGUGAAUGUGCUCAGCAACUGGUACACCACCAAAGCCUUCUUGCCGGAUAUGCUUCGACAUAACAAGGGCCACAUCGUGACCAUCGCGAGCACCGCGAGCUUUAUUAGCGUUGCUGGUCUAGCGGACUACACAGCCACAAAGGCGGCUAUUCUGAGCUUCCAUGAAGCGCUUAACCAGGAGCUCAAGCAUCACUACAACAGCCCAAGCGUGCUCACCACAUCCAUACAUCCCAAUUGGGUCCGCACACCUUUGAUCGCACCCGUCGAAGAAGCACUCAAGAAGCGAGGAUCAGCUGUUAUCGAGCCUACGGCCGUUGCAGAUGCGGUUGUUGGGAGAAUCAUAAGCUGCAGUGGCGGGCAGGUCGUGUUGCCUAACAGUGUGAGCAAGGUCAGCUUGUUGAGAGGACUGCCGAAUUGGCUACAAGAGAGUCUUCGAAGCGGUGUGAGCAAGACCAUUUACAGCAGUGUUAAAUAG